AUGGCGAUUUUUAAAAGAACAGUUUGGGCCAAUGUGGAUUUAUGGUCAUCUAGAGUCUCUUCAGGACAAAGAAUCUUUAUCUCUGUGACAUGGACACCAUUAGAAGAAGGAAAAGUAAGGGAAAUGGUUACUUUUCUUAUUAAUGGUGUUGUAAAGCAUCAGGCUGUGCUCCUGGGUGUUGCCGAACAGCCUGUGAAGAAAAAGAAGAGUCUUUCAGAUACUAUGAAAAAGAAAAACUCUUCAGAAAUAUCUGCUUCAGUAAAAGUUAAAAAAAUUACUUCAAAGGUUAAAAAUGUUAAUCAAAUCUUUCAAGUUUCCCAGGAGGUGGAUAGGCUUAGAAGCCCACUUAAGCCAUGUGAAAAUCAGAACACAAUGCAAAAUAAUACAUCCCCAGGAAAUGACUCUCUUGUUGGCUCAGAAAAUAAAUUACCUUUAUCUCCGAUUUCACCAGUGCUAGAGGAACAUCAUAAUACUGUUUGCACGCCUCUCCAAAUUAGAAGAUCUACGUUCUCAGAUAUUGCUGCACCUGUAAAGGAGGAGUUACAGCCUGAAAUAGACAGCUGUAAUGUCUAUAAAUGUAUUAGAGAGCACGAAAGUGCAUACACAUCUCUUGGAUUAGCACAACUGCCGAUUCCAGACAAUGAAGUAUUUCUCAAUUGUGCACUCUCACCAGUUUGCACUCCAGAACACUCGGCAUCUGUGGGUGUUUUAAGUACAAGGAGAAUUUUAAGUCCAGACUCAUUUGUAAAUGGCAGCUACCACGUGGAUAUAGAUACAAUACAGCAGCCUAUGCCAAUUCUGUCACCUGAUCAGUUUGUAAAAGACAACUUGUUAGAUAUGCAGUCAAAGGCUCCGAAACAUAAGGCAGCUACAGAGACUUGUGUUGCAAACAGAGUCCUACCCUCAAAAUGGAGAAAAAAAGAUGUAGGGACAAAAACACAUGUUCAUAUAGAACACAACUUAAAUGAAGCCUUUUUGAUGCAUAAUGUAGAAUCACCAAUACUUCAUAUUAACAAACCCACAGGAAAUCUCUUCAAUUUUCCUUCUACAGAGGAACUUCAGACUCACUGUUCUUCUCAGAGAGAAGAAGCCAAACCAAAAAAGCGUCCAGUUCUUUCUGCCACUGUCAUAAAAAACAAGCCUGUUGCUGCUGAAGAAAAAAGAAUGGAAACCUUCCAGCCAAAAUCAAAAAAAGACCUUAGUAAAGCAAUAAUGGAAAGUGCUAGUGUGGUGCCUGUUCAUGCAAACACAGAAAUAUCUAAACACCUUCCAGUUAUAGGUCCCAUUUCAGCUGAAAAUAAGUGUCGCAAUGACAAAGUAAAUUCAUUUCCUACUGGAUCAACUUCUUUGUGUCAUAAAAGGAAACGUGAAAUACAUGUAGAAAACAGUAAAGUUGCAGCUCCAGUGUUUGUGGAAGAAGUGGAAAGAAAGAGAACUCUUAAAUUUAGUGUGGAUGAUAAAACACAUGCUACUAUGAGACCAUCAGCCUUCAAACCCACAAACCGAGAGAGAAUAGGGCAGAGGAGGAGAGCUGGCCCUUCACUUCAGAAAGCAUCUAAAACUAGAAACAGAAUUAGUAAACCCAUCCCUGGAUUGGCUCAGUCUCACCUGACAUUUGUGAAACCACUGAAAACAGUCAUCCCUAGGCACCCAAUGCCUUUUGCUGCUAAAAACAUGUUUUAUGAUGAACAUUGGAAGGAGAAGCAACAACGAGGUUUCACCUGGUGGUUAAAUUUUGUACUUACCCCUGAUGACUUAAGUGUAAAAACAAACACCUCUCAAGUAAAUGCGGCUGCUCUUAUUUUGGGAGAAGAGAACCAUCAUAAAACCAGUGUUCCUAAAGCACCAACAAAAGAUGAAGCUUCUCUAAAAGCUUAUACAGCUCGUCGUAAGCUGAAUAAGUUACGACGUGAUGCUUGCCGUUUGUUUACCUCGGAAACAAUGGUUAAAGCUAUUAAGAAGCUGGAAUUUGAGAUUGAAACUAGACGUUUGUUAGUUCGUAGAGACAGACACCUCUGGAAAGAUGUAGGAGAGAGGCAGAAAGUCCUUAACUGGCUUUUAUCUUACAACCCUUUGUGGCUGCGUAUAGGUCUGGAGACUGUUUUUGGAGAACUCAUAGCUUUGGAGAGUAAUAGUGAUGUUAUGGGUUUAGCAAUAUUUAUCCUUAAUCGCUUGCUUUGGAACCCUGACAUUGCAGCUGAAUACAGACAUCCCACUGUGCCUCACCUUUACCGAGAAGGUCAUGAAGAAGCUUUGUCAAAAUUCACACUGAAAAAAUUGCUGCUGUUAGUUUGCUUUCUGGAUUGUGCCAAACGGUCCCGAGUGAUUGACCAUGACCCUUGCCUCUUUUGUAAGGAUGCAGAGUUCAAGGCUAGCAAAGACCUUCUGCUGGCAUUUUCUCGGGACUUUCUGAGUGGCGAAGGUGACCUUUCCCGCCAUCUUGGUUUCUUAGGACUGCCUGUCAGUCAUAUUCAAACUCCACUUGAUGAAUUUGAUUUUGCUGUCACCAAUCUGGCUGUGGACUUGCAAUGUGGUAUUCGUCUUGUGAGAACAAUGGAACUUCUCACCAAAAACUGGAAUCUUUCAAAACAACUGAGAGUUCCUGCAAUAAGUCGGCUACAGAAGAUGCAUAAUGUUGAUAUUGUUCUUAAUGUCCUUAAAGAGCGAGGAAUUCACUUGAAAGAUGAAAGUGGUGCUUCAAUUGACUCCAGGGAUAUUGUGGAUAGGCACAGAGAACGAACAUUAGCACUCCUGUGGAAAAUUGUCUUUGCCUUCCAGGUGGAUGUUGUUCUUAACGUGGAACAGCUGAAAGAAGAAAUUGAGUUUUUGAAGAAUGCACACAAGAGAAAAAAAACAUUGGGUGCUCUAAAGACUUUUCCAAAUUGUUGUGGAGUACAAGAUGAUAAUAGGAGUAACUCCUCACCUCAAAGUUACAGUGAAAAUGUGAAACUGCUUAUGGCAUGGGUUAAUGCUGUUUGUGGAUUUUAUAAUAUUAAGGUGGAAAACUUCACGGUGUGUUUCUCAGAUGGUAGAGUAUUCUGUCAUUUGAUUCAUCAUUAUCAUCCACGUUACGUACCUUUGGAAGCUGUGUGCCAGCGUACAACUCAAACAGUAGAAUGCUCAAGAACUCAUACAGUGGGACUAAACUCUUCCUCCUCAUCCUCUUCAGAAUCUGAUACUUCUCUAAAUGUCAUGGAAGGAAUGUUUGACCAAACAACUGCCUCAGUCCUGUACAAGGAACUCUUGGACAAUGAAAAGAAAAACUUCCAGCUGAUCAAUGCUGCAGUUUCUGACCUGGGUGGAAUACCAGCAAUGAUUCAUCACUCAGACAUGUCAAAUACGAUUCCUGAUGAGAAGGUUGUUAUUACCUACCUAUCAUUUCUGUGUUCGAGGCUUCUAGAUCUUUGUCAAGAAACUCGAGCUGCUCGAUUAAUUCAGGCUGCCUGGAGGAACUACAGGCUGAAAAGGGAACUGAAACUUUCUCAGGAAAGAGACAGAGCUGCUCGGAUAGUUCAGAAAUCUGCAUUAAACUUCUUGGCUCGUCGACGCAUCCUGAAGGAAGUCAAUGCAGCAGUUUUCAUCCAGAAGCACUGGAGAAGAUACAUAGCCAGGAUGACUUUUUUAAAUCUGAAAAAGACUAAAUUGGAAGAAGUCAGAAAUAAAUCUGCCACAGUCAUUCAGGCUCAUUGGAGGAAAUACUCUGCUAGGAAAAGAUAUUUACAGCUACGAUACUAUGUUAUCUUUGUACAAGCAAGGAUGAGGAUGGUGAAGUCUGUUGCUGCAUAUAAACAAAUUGUUUGGGCUGCUGUUACAAUUCAGAGUCAUCUGCGUGCAUCUAAAUUGGCAAAAAAAGAUCGGCAAAGAUAUGAAACCUUGAAGUCUUCAGCACUUACUAUUCAGUCUGCGUUCAGAAGAUGGAGAAGACACAAAAUUCAGCAGAAAAUUAAAGCAACUUUAGUGCUUCAGGCUUAUUUCCGAAAAUGGCAAUCUUCAAAACUGGCUAAAAGAGAGAGGGCUGCUCUUGUCCUACAGUCUUGGUACAGGAUGCACAGAGAUCUGAAACAGUAUCUAUGUAUGAAGCAAAGUGCUAUCAAGAUUCAGGCUUGGUAUAGGUGUCAGCUGGGUAGACGUAUUUACCAGGAACACAGAGCAAAAAUAGUGACAAUUCAGCAGUAUUACAGAGCUUAUAAGCUAGGAAGAAUGGAAAGACACUACUAUUUGCAAAAGCGUGCAGCAGUGAUAGCUCUCCAAGCUGCUUUUAGAGGCAUGAAAGCACGUAAACUAUACAGGCAAACAAAAGCAGUUUGUGUUUUUCAGUCGCUGUGGAGAAUGAAAAAAGAGAGACUAAGGUUUCUGCAAUUAAAAAAAUCUGUUACUACAUUGCAGGCACAUAUCAGAAAAUACCAACAAGUAAAAAGAUACAGAGAGAUGAAAAAUGCUGCUUCUGUAAUUCAAACUUGGUACAGGGCAUGUGUCACUUCUAAAAAAGCAGCUGUUUCUUUCCAGCGAAUGCGCCUGGCUGCUAUUAUCCUACAGUCUGCCUACAGAGGAAUGGAAGCUAGGAAAGAGGCUCGCAUGCUGAGAUCUGUGAUAAAAAUUCAGUCAAGGUACCGUGCUUAUGUUGUCCAGAAGAGGUUUAAAAACUUGAAAGAUGCAACAGUGAAGAUUCAAGCUUUUGUAAAGAUGAGGCAAGCAUGUAACCAUUAUUGUGCACUAAAGGAGGCAACACUUUAUGUCCAGCGAAGGUAUCGGUCUCAUAGAUACACUCUUCAGCUUAAAAACGAUUAUAGGAAGCUGAAAGGAGCUUGCAUAAGAAUUCAAGCUGUAGUUCGAGGCUAUCUGGUCAGGAAACAAUUACAGAGGUGGAGGGAGACUGCAGUAUUUCUUCAGGCAUGCUACAGAAUGAGAAGGGACAGGCAACGCUAUUUAAGCAUCUACAGUGCUACCAUUGUCAUUCAAAAACAUUAUCGUGCAUACAAAAAGCAGGUGUGUCAGAGGCAGGAGUUCUUGCAAGUUAAAAAAGCAGCUGUGUGCUUACAGGCAGCUUACAGGGGUUAUAAAACACGUAAAAAGCUUAAACUUGAAUAUAGAGCUGCUAUCAAAAUUCAAACUGCUUUUAGAGCUUAUGUUACAAGAAAGAAAUAUAAAGCAACAGUUCAGGCCUCCAUUGUGAUUCAGAGGUGGUACAGAACUUACAAGACUGGUAACAGACAAAGACUGAAGUUCUUAAGGACAAGAGCAGCAGUGCUUUCUUUACAAGCAGCUUUUCGUGGCUGGAAGGUACGAAAGAAGAUUCAAAGAGAAUGUUUUGCUGCUACUAAGAUACAGUCUGCCUUCAGAAAAUUCAUGGCUCUGAAAAAAUUCAGAGUUAUGAAACAUGCUGUGCUAACUAUCCAAAGGCAUUACAGAGCUAGUGUUCUAGGCCAGAAACAACAGCAAGAAUAUCUUCAGCUGCGGGACUCUGUAGUGCGUCUUCAGGCGAUAUGGAGGGGGAAAACUGUGAGAAAAACAAUUCAAAAGAAACAUAAUCACGCAACAGUUAUUCAGUCCUAUUAUAGAAUGCAUAUAAAUCAACUAAAAUACAAGAAACUGAUACGAGCCACUCUAGUGAUUCAGAAAUACUUCAGAGCUUACUGUAUGAGAAAAGCCCAGCAUGCAAUUUAUCUAAAAAAAAGGGCAGCUGUGUUAGUCUUGCAGUCUGCUUACCGUGGGAUGACUGUGAGGAAACAACUGAAUCAGCUUAACAAAGCUGCUACAACCAUACAAGCUGCCUUCAGAUCUUACCUGGUCAAAAAGAACUAUGAAAGACUUAGAUCUGCAGCUAUGGUAGUUCAAAGGCGUUAUCGUGCACUUAUUCAUGCUAAAUGUCAAAAGCAGAAAUACCUGUCUUUAAAAAAAGCCACAGUCAAAAUGCAGGCAGUUUUUAGAGGUGUAAGAGUUAGACGACAAAUUCUUGGUAUGCAUCGAGCAGCUGUUUGUAUCCAAGCCACAUUUAAGAUGCAUCGCAUGACCAUAAAAUACCAGGCAAUGAGAAUGGCAGCAAUUAUAAUUCAAAGGCAAUAUAGAGCAUUUUGUUUAGGCAAAAUACAACGCAAAAAGUACUUGGAACUGAAGAAAUCUGUCAUAAUCCUUCAGGCUGCUUGUAGAGGCAUGAAGGUCCGACAAGACUUAAAAGCUAUGCAUCAGUCAGCAACAGUGAUACAGUCUUAUUAUCGAAUGCACAAACAACAGAGGGAUUUCAGAAGAUUGUUGCUGGCAACUCAGCAGAUUCAGCAGUGGUUCCGUGCUUGUAAGGAGCAAAAUGCACAAGUUCACAAUUAUAUGAUUAUGAAAAGUGCUACACUUCGUAUCCAGGCUGCAUUCCGUGGUAUGAAAACAAGAAGACUUGUCAGAACUAUGAAUGAAUCAGCUGCACUUAUUCAAAGGAGAUUUAGAGCGUUUCUCAUAAGAAAGCAUUUUCUUUCCACCAAGUCAGCUGCUGUUGUAAUUCAGAGAAGAUACAGAGCAACAAAACUAGCAAAAAUUCAACGUCAAAAAUAUCUCUGUUUCCUUAAUGCUGCUGUUAUCAUACAGUCUGCUUAUAGAGGCUUUGUGGUAAGAAGAAAAAUACAACAGAUGCAUCAAGCUGCUACAGUUAUUCAAGCAACAUUAAGAAUGCGUAAAGUUUACAUUUCUUAUCAAGCUAUCAGGCUUGCUUCAGUAAUCAUACAGCAACGUUAUCGUGCUUACAGGGAAGGGAAGCGUGUGAGAGAGACAUACCUAAAACUGUACAAUUCUGUUUUAUUUCUUCAAGCUGGCUAUAAGGGAAUGAAAACAAGACGCUUCUUGAAGAAAAGACAUGAGGCAGCGCUUACAAUACAGAAAAACUACCGAAUGUAUAGACAGUACCACCAUUACAGAAAAGUUCAGUGGGCAACCCAGCUAAUACAGCAGAGAUACAGAGCAAAUAAGCUAAAGAAAAUUGCAGUACAACAUUACUCUUCAUUAAAGAAAGCUGCAAUUCGUAUUCAGAAGGCUUUCCGAGACUUGCAGGCAAAAAAGCAACAUCGAAAAAUGCACUGUGCUGCUAUUAUUCUUCAGAAAAAAUUUAAAGCUCUUAGAGAACGUCAGCGCUAUCUCUCUCUAAAAGCAGCUGCUCUUGUCUUUCAGAGAAGAUACAGAGCUUUGAUUUUGUCAAGACAGCUUACUUCAGAGUAUCUUUCUCUUCGCAGAGCAGCUAUUCAACUACAGGCCAUGUAUAGAGGUAUCAGGGUACGGAAGAAAAUUGAGUGUAUGCAUUUAGCAGCUGGUACAAUACAGUCAGCCUACAAAAUGCACAGGACUAGAAGGUUCUAUCAAAAGAUGAGAAUUGCUGCUAUUGUUAUACAGAACUACUAUCGAUCCUAUGUUAAAGGAAAGUAUCAUCGGAAGCAAUAUCUGACAAUGAAGAAUUCUGCUCUUGUUAUUCAAGCAUCAUAUAGAGGCAUGAAGGAACGACAGAAACUGAAAACCAUGCACAUGUCAAAAGCAGCAGCAAUAACAAUCCAGUCCAUGUUCCGAUGUCGAAGAGCAAGGACUCGCUAUAAACUGAUUCAGAGUUCAGCAGUUGCUAUUCAGAGGUGGUACAGAGCAUGGCAUAGGGCUUGCUUACAGAAAGCAGAAUAUUCUGCUCAAAGACGAGCAAUAGUAAUUAUUCAGUGUGCCUUCCGUGGUAUGAAAGCAAGAAAAAUAGCACGACAAAGACGAGCUGCAAGAAAGAUUCAGUCUUUUCUUCAGAUGGCUCUGCAACGUAGAAAAUUUAUUCGGCUUAGAACAGCAGCUAUUACAUUACAAGCGUAUUACUUAAUGCAUAAAACUAAAUCACAGUAUACAAGAUACAAAAAAGCAGCAGUUGCCAUACAACAAUGGUACCGUUCCCACUUGGCUGUAAAACAUCAAAGAAUGACUUACUUACAAACCUGGAGAAACAUUGUCACUGUGCAGACUAGAGUCAGAGGAUUCAUUGAAAAGAAGAAGUUUCGCAGAAUUAAAGAAAGCACAAUAAAAAUUCAGGCAUCAUAUAGAGGAUAUAAAGCCAGGCAGUGGUUUAACAAAAUGAGAGCAGCACAAGUAAUUCAAGCCUGGUAUCGAGGCUGCAGAGCACGAAAGGAAUAUGCAUCUGUGGUAAAAGCUGUACGAGUUAUUCAGAGUCACUUCAAAACAAAACAGCAGCGGGCCUGGUUUUUGCAAAUGAAGUUCUGUGCACUUACCAUUCAAAGAAGAUGGAGAGCAACCCUUACUGCACGAAUGAUUCGAUACCAAUUUCUGGCAGCUAAGAAUGCUGCAAAACUUCAAGCUGCAUGUUUGAUCCAAAAAGCAUACAGAGGUUUCAAGGCAAGAAGGGAACUUGCUCAACAAAAAGCUGCUGCUAUAAUUAUCCAAAAGCAUCUGAGGGCUUGGCAGGAAGGCAGGCUUCAGUUUAUGAAAUACAACAAAACUAGAAGAGCUGUCAUUAAAUUGCAGGCAUUUAUACGGGGUUAUUUAGUCAGAAAAAAGAUUUUAGAACAGAAACAAAAGAAGAGACUGCUUCAUUUUGCAGCAGCUGUGCAUCAUCAUAUCUCUGCAAUUAAAAUUCAAAGGGCGUAUAGGAUUCACCUCAUCCUAAAACUGGCACAAAACCAGAUCUCAUCUGUUCUUAUAAUACAGAGAUGGUUCCGAGCAAAAAUGCAACAAAAGAGAUUUCAAAGAGAUUAUCAAAGAAUGAUUCAGUUACAACGUGUGAUUCGAGGCUGGCUAAAUCACAGAAGGGCUGCAGCCGUCGUCAUCCAGCGCAACGUGCGGAGGUUCCUUGCCCGCAGACGCUGGAGAAAAUUUGCAGCUGGAAUAAUUAAAUUACAGGCAUUGUGGAGAGGAUAUUUCUGGAGAAAGAGUAAUGACACAGCAAAAAUUAAAGCUUUAAGAUGUAGUUUAGAAAAGGCUAAUAAAAAGAGCAGAGAAGAAGACAAACUGUGCAACAGAACCACAAUUGCUAUCGAAUACCUUCUGAAAUACAAACAUCUCUCUUAUAUUCUUGCAGCCUUAAAGCAUCUGGAGGUGGCUACUAGGCUGUCCCCACUUUGUUGUGAAAAUAUGUCCCAGAGCAGAGCAAUCCUCACUAUUUUUGUUCUGAUCAGAAGUUGCAACCGGAGUGUGCCAUGCAUGGAUGUGAUCAGAUAUUCAGUUCAGGUUCUACUUAAUGUUUCAAAGUAUGAGAAAACAACUCAAGCAGUUUAUGAAGUAGAAAAUUCUAUAGAUACAUUACUAGACUUACUGCAGAUGUACAGAGGAAAAGCAGGGGACAAAAUUUCAGAGAAAGGAGGAAGCAUUUUCACAAAGACCUGUUGUUUGUUGGCCAUCCUUUCAAAGGACUCGAAAAGAGCUUUGGAAAUCCGAAGCCUGCCAAGAACUCUUACUUGUAUUAAAAGCCUAUAUAAGCUUACAGCUCGGAAACACAAAAUGGAUGCAGAGAGAACACUUGUGAAGCAGAAAACAAACAAUUUCUUAAGUGGAACUUCCUCAGUUCCAGUUACUCCUCUAAAAAUAAAAACAGUUUCAAGAAUUAAACCAGACUGGGUUUUGAGGAAAGAUAACAUGCAAGAAAUUGUGGAACCUCUACAAGCAAUUCUUAUGGUGAUGGAUACACUUGGUAUUGCCUGCUACUGA